AAUAAUCGUCGCGGGGAGAGAACAGCACCAACAACAACUUCACAGACUUCGCAAGACCUCGCAAGACAUCGUCGGCCCAUCACGCUGUCUGAGAUAUUGAAGCUUCCGAGCAGCCCGCACCUAAGUAAAGUCUCGACUGGCGCCCGCCAUCAUUAGAACGCUAGGCUUUUGCUCUACUCCCACACAGCUUCUCCUCCACCUCCACCUACAAACCUCUCACUCACCUACUUCGCGCCCUAAAUAUAUACCACCAAAACAAUCGGCAUGGCUUCCAAAGCACUCACCCUCGGCCUGCGCGGCCUCCAGUUCCUCUUCACUCUCAUCAUCAUGGCGCUUAUCGGCAACAUGAUCGCAACUGCUGUGCACGGCAACCACAGCAUCGUGAACUACGACAUGUUCGUGGCCACCUUCGGCAUGCUGUCCCUCUUGUACCUCAUUGCCGCCGCCUUUAUCGAGGCUUUGGCAAUCCCCAUUGUCGCCAUUGGCCUUGAUGCGUUCAACACCCUCUUCUACCUAAUCGCUGGAAUUGCGACAGCCGCGUACCUCGGUGUGCAUAGCUGCAGCAACAAGAACUACACCCUCCACAACAAGGUCACCAACAGCUCGCCCGACACCGGCGGGCGCUGUCGCGAGGCACAGGCAUCCACCGCCUUCUUCUGGUUCGCGUUCGCCACUUUCGCCAUCACCACUGCCUUGUCGGCCAUGAACGGUACCGGUGGCGUCAACAUGCGCGGCGGUAUCCGCAGGCCGACCAUGAGUCAGGUCUAAGUCCAAUACCGUAUGCGCGACAUUAGGAACACAUGGGUCAAGUGCGGACAAUAGUGCUCACAAAAUAAACGACUGCGUACGCUGUAUUGAUAGUAUGAGCGUCAUGACCUUGAGGGCCUGCGACUCGGAGUUUAAGGAAUUGGGAUACCAAGGUUACAAGUUGGGCAUUACGGUCUGAUGACGGUUAGUCAGCCUGGUGGGAUCAAGCAAUGCAACGGUUCCGUAGUGUGCUCCUAUUUUGGGGUGGACAUAGCAAGUCAAUAAUGAAUCAAGUUAAAACG